AUGAAGGAGGAGGAGAAGCAGGGGAGGCCACACACCUGUCACCCCUCGGCUGGCCCCAAGCGGCCCCCUCAGGUCGCCUCGACAGGCGACGGGAAAAAGGGGGGGGGGGGUGGUGGGGGGCCGGUAGGAGGCGACCGGGCCGCGACGGGGCUGCUGGGCCGGGAUGGGGCGGGGCCGCGACGGGGCGGCGGGGCCGCGACGGGGCGACCGGACCGCGACGGGGCGGCUGGGCCGGGACGGGGCGGGGCCGCGACGGGGCUGGUUGGGCCGCGACGGGGCAGGGGCCGCAAAGGGGCGGGGCCGCGUCAGGGUGGGGCCGCGUCAGGGUGGGGCCGCAACGGGGCUGGGCCGCGACGGGGCGGCUGGGCAGCGACGGGGCUGGGCCGCGACAGGGCGGCUGGGCCGCGACGGGGCUGGGCCGCGACGGGGCGGCUGGGCCGCGACGGGGCUGGGCCGCGAAGGGGCGGGGCCGUGACGGGCCGUGACGGGGCGGGGCCGCGACGGGGCGGGGCCGCGAAGGGGCGGGGCCUUGACGGGGCGGGGCCGCGAAGGGGCGGCUGGGCCGUGACGGGGUGGGGCCGCGACGGGGCGGGGCCGCGAAGGGGCGGCUCGGCCGUGACGGGGCGGGGCCGCGACGGGGCGGGGCCGCGACGGGGCGGAGCCGCGAAGGGGCGGCUGGGCCGUGACGGGGCGGGGCCGCGACGGGGCUGGCUGGGCCGCGACGGGGCAGAGGCCGCAAAGGGGCGGGGCCGCGUCAGGGUGGGGCCGCAACGGGGCGGGGCCGCUAGAGGGCGGGGCCGCUGCAGGGCGGGGCCGCUAAAGGGCGGGGCCGCUCGAAAGCUAUAG